UUGAUGGUCUCAUGUCGGAAACAGCGUUCAGCUUUAUUAUUAUUAUUUCCCCCGUUGUCCGGUGAGGAUCAGCGUCCUGGACGGGCGGUGAAAUCCUCCAGAAAGCCCCUGGUUCCUGGCUGUUGUCGCAGAUGGAGCGCAGCCUGCGGAGGAAGUCCGUCCGGCUCAUCGCCGCGGUGUCCAGAGGCGGAGGCAUCGGCAAAAAUGGGAAGCUGCCCUGGAAUCUACCGUCUGAAUUCCAGUACUUCCUGAAAAAAGUCACAAGCGUAUCGAGACCAGGGAAAAUGAACCUGAUGGUCUGGGGUAAAUUAUGCUGGUACUCAAACUCCACGUCUUUGUUCCUGCUGCCGAAUAUUCUGCACGUGGUGCUGAGCAAGACGAUGAGCACGGCCCCCGAUCACGCCCACUUUGUGCGUGAGGACUUUGACAGCGCCGUGCGCAUGGCGGCAGAGCCUCCGCUGGCUGAUUUAAUAGAGACCAUCUGGGUUGUCGGAGGAACGCAGGUUUACAGGGAUGCACUGCAGCACCCCUGGUGUGACUUGCUCUACCUGACAGACGUCAUGGCCGAUUUCGACUGUGAUGUUUUCUUUCCCGAGUUUGAUCAAGAACUGUUUAAAUUACAGGACAAAUUUCCUGGUGUUCCGAGUGAAAUUCAAGAAGAAUGUGGCAUUAAGUACAAAUUCCAAGUCUUCAAAAGAGAGACUGCUGAUGGCGUGUAGCCGGGAGGAGAUAAAAACAGAGCGAGACUCCAGACGUGAUCAAAAG